AUGAUUUGUAUAUAUUUUAGUAAAUUUUUGAAUGCUUAUAGGGCUGAAUUUAACGAUGAAAAAAAAAUUUUUAAAGAAAUUAAUUAUAUAUGGGAACAUUACACUGACGAAAAUAAAACGCUAGAAGAAUCUUUAGAAAUUUUAAAAAAUCAAGAUACAAAAAAAUAUGACGAUAUUUGUCUGAAAAUUUCCAGAAAAUUAUGUCAAGAUAUGAAAGAAAUGAAUGAAAAUGAAAAUUUUAAAGAUUUAAAACAAUUUUUUUAUGAAACGCCGGGUGCAUUAUGGCGAGCAAAUUAUUUGGUUACUGAUGCUUUAAAUAAUGUUCGAAAUAAUGAACAUCUAGGACAUAAUCUUGAAUUAGAAACUACUCUAAAAAAUAUUUUACUCGUUGGUAGGUUAAUUUAUGAUUUGAGGUGA